GUACGCGCGUCGUGCGUGGUGCGUGCGUGCGCGGCGCCGCGGCCUGCUGGGACCCGGAUCGACGGCGGCGGGGCUGGGGCGAGGCGGCUGUCGGGAGCGAGCGGCGGAGCCUGAGGAGCCGGAGCGGGGCCCGGGAUCCCCGGGGGCCCACGGCCGCCAUCACGGACUUCCUGUGGGACAAGCGCACCGGGCUGGCUGCGAGGACGAUGCCUCACUCGAGAAGGUACCGCUCGUCGGAGCGCAGCAGCCGGGGCAGCUACCACGAGCGUUACAGGAGCCGCAAACACAAGAGGCGGCGGACGCGGUCGCGGUCGAGCAGCAGCGAGCGUGACCGGCGGCACCGCCGCGAGGACAGCUACCACGUCCGCUCCAGGAGCAGCGGAGUCGACAGAGCAGCAGAAGGGCCAAGAGUGUGGAGGACGACGACGAGGGGCAUCUGAUCUAUCGCGUCGGCGACUGGCUACAAGAAAGAUAUGAGAUUAUCAGCACCUUAGGGGAGGGCACGUUUGGCAGAGUGGUGCAGUGCAUGGAUCACCGGAGGGGUGCUGCACGCGUUGCUCUCAAAAUCAUUAAAAACGUGGAGAAGUACAAGGAGGCCGCCCGGCUGGAGAUUAACGUGCUGGAGAAAAUCAACGAGAAGGAUCCUGAGAACAAGAAUCUCUGUGUCAGGAUGUUUGACUGGUUUGACUACCACGGCCACAUGUGCAUCUCCUUUGAACUGCUGGGGCUCAGCACUUUUGAUUUCCUGAAGGACAACAACUAUCUGCCUUACCCCAUCCACCAAGUGCGGCACAUGGCCUUCCAGGUGUGCCAGGCUGUGAAAUUUCUGCAUGACAACAAACUCACUCACACCGACCUCAAACCUGAGAACAUCCUCUUCGUGAACUCUGACUAUGAACUCACCUAUAACCUGGAAAAGAAGCGGGAUGAGCGCAGUGUGAAGAGCACGGCCAUCAGAGUGGUGGACUUCGGCAGUGCCACGUUUGACCACGAGCAUCACAGCACAAUUGUGUCUACCAGGCACUACCGGGCCCCCGAAGUCAUUCUGGAGCUUGGCUGGAGCCAGCCCUGUGAUGUCUGGAGCAUCGGCUGCAUCAUCUUUGAGUAUUAUGUGGGUUUCACCCUGUUCCAGACACAUGACAACCGGGAGCACCUGGCCAUGAUGGAGAGGAUCUUGGGGCCAAUUCCUUCUCGGAUGAUCCGGAAGACCAGGAAGCAGAAGUAUUUCUACCAUGGCCGCCUGGACUGGGAUGAGAACACCUCUGCCGGCCGCUACGUUAGGGAAAACUGCAAGCCGCUGCGGCGCUACCUGACCUCUGAGGCCGAGGACCACCACCGCCUUUUCGACCUCAUCGAGAGCAUGCUGGAGUACGAGCCGUCCAAGCGCAUCAGCCUGGCUGAAGCCCUCAAGCACCCGUUCUUCGACGUGCUGGAGAUGGAGCCGAGCGCAAAGAUGUGGGACUCUAGCAGAGACAUCAGCCGGUGACGCCACAGGUGCCAGCCUGCCCUCAGAUUCUAGCCCCCGUGGAGGCCUGUGCGAUUUCUAUUCAGACAUUUGGUGCUUUUCCUUUUUUUUUUUUUUCCUUUUUUUUUUUUUUUGAUACAUACAAAUCUCCCUGGACGUGUUUGUAAAGCUGUUAAUAUGUGAGAUACUGUAAAUAGCCCAUAUUCUAUAUCGGCCUCUGAGCACCGCGGGCCCCACCUCCUGCUGCCGCCGUUGUCGGGGGGCGAGGGGGGGGGCCUGCAUGUCCAUACUGUAAAUACCUUUGUUCACGUGUUGCUUUGUCUCCUGCUCAAUCCCGCGCCCCUCCGUGUACAGAUUCCAGGACUUGCAGCUCUCUGUAGCUUAAUCUGUUUCCGUGUAAGUUAUGAAACUGGUGGGACUGCAUGGGAAUUAUUUUUUUGGAUCGAUGUCAUAGCCCAUCCUCGCACCAGAGUUUUAUAAGGAUUUUGUACAGUCUUUGUGGAGAAAUAAAUAUGAAGUGAAUAAA